GCCAUAGUGUGCAACAUCAGACUCUCCCAUGAAGUCAAGAUGAAACAAUACAUUCCUAGAUCACGUGCUAUGAAACGGAGACGGAAGCCGUUCCCGCUCGUCAUCUUCCUGUCGAGGAGAGAGCUCAACGACUUCCCAUCCAAAGAGUAAUAAUUUCUAAAGUUUUGCAAAACGCAAAUUUCCCUUCUCUACUCCCUGAUAGUACUGCUUUUAUCCUUCAAACUAAGCUAUUUCGAAAACAUCCUUCCAAGACUUAGAGAAGCGGGAUACACGACACGUGAUCAUAACCUCCAUCACAUCCAGGAAUGGAGGCUCCAAUUAUUGAGCGCUCAAAAAGGGCCUAUGGACUACAUAAUAAUGCAUGUGGAACAUGUGCCAAGGCAAAGGCGAAAUGUACUCCGUCUGAUCCCGUUGGCAACAAAUGCUAUCGCUGUCAGCGACUUCGAAAGGAGUGUGAACCUCCAAACAAGCCAAAGAAACGACUUAAAUCUACCUCUGUGGCUGGACUCGAGAAGAAACUAGAUGACAUCGUUACCAUUCUGAAUACAUCGAAUCAUAUGCCAAAAGCAUCGUAUCAUGAUUCACAUGUGCAACGUCAGAAUGUCAUCCCAACGGAUAUCAAGUCCAUUAAUCCACCACACUUGCUAGACCAUGUUACCGAACAGAUCCCAAACGACGAGACACCAAUGAGUUUUGACAGUAAUCUCAAAUCUUCAUCUACUAGUAAUAGUGCGAACACAGAUUUAUAUUCCGCAUGCUCAUCAUCAUCAGCUAUACCUCCCAUAAUCGACCUUGAUGAUGAUUAUGCACAUGCAUUAUUAGCCAUUUUCAAAAGCGACAUGGCUCCAUACUGUCCUUUCGUCCUCAUACCUCCUCAUACCUCACCUCGUCAAUUCCAAGUUGAGAGACCAUUUUUAUGGAAAGCUAUUAUUACAGCUGCAUCUCACCGUAAUCCAACUUUUCAGGAUGCUUUUGGAAUUCGCUCUUUUGAGAAUUUUAUAACCGAAUUGUUGCUGAGAGGUCAGACUGCUAGUCUAGACAAAUUGCAAGCAUUGCUUGUUCAUCUUGGAUGGUUUCAUUAUCAAUCUAUCAUAAAUAAUCAAACAAUCAAUUUGAUUUACCUUGUAAAAUCCAUGGUUACAACUCUUGGUCUACAACGAUCAUUAAAGCCGGGUGCGGCUAUGGAGAAGAUACCGGCUGAUGAUACUUCGCAAGCCAAUAAGGAUAGUUUAAGUAGUCGGAGACUUGAGGAACUUCGGGCUUACGCAGGAUGUUUCUAUGCCACAUCCAUGAUGCCCCCAGGUAGUAGCGUUGAAAGUAUGAGAUAUACUGUCCAGCUCGAAGAAGCAUGCAAAAUAGUAGCCGAAGCAGGAGGGCUCCAGAGUGACAUACUUCUUUUCCAUCUAGUAAAGCUCCAACAACUCUCGAGGAAGAUAAAACAUACAUUCUACAAUCUCGAAGCGGGAUUCGGUCCUCGUGUCGUUCCGCGGAAGAUGUGCAUGGAUUUGUUGCAGCGGGAACUAGAAAGUUUCAAGCACGAGCUACCAGAAAACCUAAAAUCACAUUUUCUCAUAUCAAUCAACUACAGCAUUGCCGAAAUCAUCCUAUACGAAGCGGGCUUAAACGAUGCCGACUACAUAAAUUCAGAUAGUCUCGAGCGACUCAGUAUCCUCAACUCCUGCUUAAUAUCCGUCAAAUCCUUUCUUGACGACAAAGUCACUCAAUGGAUAGACUUUUCCAUCGGAGCUGCUUAUACCACCUGGGUCCAAGUUGGCUACGGCAUUCUAGUCGCCCUCAAGCUAUGCACCUGCAAAGCCGACGGUUGGGAUCGAAACUACGCUCGUUCAGCCUUAAACAUCCAACACACGAUUGAUUUCCUAAUUGACAAACUCAAGAAAAUCAUAUUCAUUCGAGGUAGAAGUCCAGAACAACUGCAAUCCCAAUCCCAAUCUCAAUCUCAAUCAUCCAUCAACACCACUCCCGAAAAAGACAUAUUCAUUCGUUUUUCUCGGCAAUUACUCCGAAUCAAAAGUUGGUACGAAGCAAGUCUGCACCCACAUCCUUCCGAUGCGAGUCCCGAGCCCGAAGAUGAAAUCAGUCAACCUUUUAAUCAACAUGACGAAUCGGCAACUGCACCGCUUAUUGUUCCGGAAAGUUAUCUGCAAGAUGAGUUUUUGACGAGUCUGGAUGAUAAUUUCUGGCUUGCGUUUCCGAGUGCGGAUGAUGGGUUUUGGAUGAAUGUUGCUUUGUGAGAUGCUUUUUUUGUUUUUGUUUUGGAGUCCUUUCUGUUGAGAUAUUUGUAUGGAUACAUGGAUAUGAAUGGCAUGGUCAGGUUGCGUGUAUCACGAGUUGGUGUUUGGAUGGAAUGGAGUCUUCCAUCAUUGAAUUUGAAUACUCACCAAAUCACCCGCAAUUUGUAUUUGGCAGAUCGACAAAUGGAGUUUCGUGAGCAUCCAUUAGCAUCAAUCUUGUUACUUGCACAGGAAAAUUGUAGAAUAGUUCUUUCCACAUGAUUCUACAAUCAGAAAAUAAUUUACA